AUGCCGGGAAGCGGCCGCUUCCGCCCUGCGCGGGGCCGAGGCGGGCGGGCCCCGCCGGUAGCGGGCGGCGCGGCGGCCAUGGCUGGGCUCUGCAGGAUUGGGACUAAAGUCUGCAUGGCACCACCUUUUGGGAGACGCCUACAAAAUGAGCUCUGGACAAGGUCGUGCAAGAAGGAAGAUGCUCGCCCACUGUGGUUUUGUGGUACACGGGAGUGUCUGCAGUCACAAAACUGGCGAGUUAGUGGUGUUAAUAAUGAUCCUGGGAGACAGCGAGAGCCAUCUGUGUAUCUGUGCCGUUCGGCCCCUGCUGCUGUGGCCUCAAAAAAAGCUGUGGGUGAGAAAACAGAAGAGUUCAGACUGGUGUACAGGUUUCCGGGGAUUAAGUACUGCAGGGUCCUGUCCAGGCUGAAGCUGUUGCAGACUGCCACCACUGUGGCCACGCUGCCGCCCAUCUGCUACCUCUAUUUGCAAGACCAGGUCUCUCAGAAUAUCCUCUUGUAUACGACUGGCAUUGCGCUCUUUGCUGGUGCGAUGUUGUACAGCAUGAGCUAUUUUUUCAGACGAAUUAUUGGAUUAAUCUACUUAAGUGAAACUGGCCGUACUGUCAAAGUGGCCCACUUGACAUUCUGGGGAAAGCGAAAUGACAUUUACUGUCCCAUAGAGACAGUGAUGACUUUGGAUGAAGCUGGAGAUAGCAAAGGGGAGCUACUUCUCCAGUUCAAACGGUAUAAUAGUACAGAUAUUUUAUAUUUUACGAUUAGGUUUGGCCAGAUUGUAGACAGACAGAAGUUUACUCACAUAUUUGGAGAAUUUGAGUGAUACAGCAGCUAAUUUCCAGUAGAUUUUCCUUGUUGCAUCUUCAUUGUGCUGCUUCCAUGAAGUUUAGUUUACCAAACUAACAUAGUUCUGUCAUUGUACUUUGCAAAGCCUGCUGUUAGUGCACUCGGCGUAGAAAGUAGAAAUGGUAAAAGGCAGUCCACUGGAUUAAACGUCUUUGCAGCUUGUUGGAGGUACGGGCAGUGUCUCUUCCGUGUUGGAUACAGUGAAGUGUAUGAUGUGCUGUCACCAGCAGUUCCAGGACUAAACUCUCCUACUUGGAUUGUGCAGUUGGAGGCCGAAUUACUGAUGCUAACCCUGACCAUUUCAGCUGGCCUCCUUGGAUGUUUUUAAACAGGAAAAACUCUGAAAAGCGAAAUACAGUAAUUCUGCCAGAGCAUCCUCAUGUUGAGUUCAUUGUUUCUUCUAGCUAAUUCUAGGUGGACUGGGAAGCAUCUUGAAGUUAACACUUGUCUCAUACAUACAUAUGGUAAAUAAUUCUGGCUAUCAGAGAGAGAAAAGCUCCUGUAUUAAUGAAAUUGAGAUACUUGGAAAGAGUGGUAUAUAAUGCUGUGUGAGGUGGGGGGGGUCCCCUGGCAAGGUCUUCCAGGAUGUGAACAUAACUGGGCAAAACAAGGGCAUUGCCAGACACGCUUACAGUUCAUCUGCAAGGCUAAGCUAAAGAUGGGACAGUAUUUCAGGAACCUGUUGUAUAAGUUGCUUUCCCACUGAAACAAAGGAAAAACAUACCUAAAUUUGGUGCUGUGAAUCACAGGGACACUCUGUGAUCCUCUGUACAAUUUGGAUCCUACCGAUCAUCUGAAAAUUUGGAACUACUUGUCCUCUGCAUAUACGUUCAUUUGUGUUUGUUUUGUAUGUAUGAAUGACAUUUAAUCAAUGCUGUAACACUCAAGUUGCAAAAACUUAAGUAAAUAAAAAUAAUCUGUAAGUAUGUGAAUUAAG